AGGGAUAGAACCCUAACCCUAAAGAUUUACAUCCGUAUAUAUAUCUAUAUAUAUAGAGGAUAGGCAUCUCUUUUCCAUCGCAUUCUCAACCGAAUCAAUUUGUUUGGCAUCGCAAUCUUCUUCCUUUCUUCUUCUGCCCCCUUUGCCCCCCAUUUUGUUUCUCAAAUAUUCUCGAUUUCUUGUUUCGGGCCCGUUUAUCCCAAAAUCCAAACCAAUUCAAUUCCAUUGUGAAUGGUGGAAAUCUCGGGUAUACAAUUAAUGAUAUCACCAUUUUCUUCUUCUCCAAGAAGGGGGUUUUCUGUUGACACCUCUUUCUGCUUCGGCUCCUGUAUGGAAGGCUGGUACUACCGCUGCCAAGGCCUUGACCCCUGAAUCAAACACGACUUCAAUUCAAUUUUGCAAUUCGGCUUAUUCCUUUUGUCCGUUUUAUUUAAUUGAAUUCGUUAAUCCCUCCUCUUUUUGGUAUUUGUUUAUCGCUUUUCGAAAUAAGGAAAAAAUAUUUGGUGAAAAAAAUCGGAAUUUAAAGGAUGUUGCUUUCCAAGCAGAAGAAGAAUCAAGUCGGGAAGGGUAACCGUUUUCUCAUCAGCAUUACGGUGCUCGGGAGCGCUGGCCCGAUCCGUUUUGUGGUGAACGAGGAGGAGCUUGUUGCUGCUGUAAUGGAUACAGCCUUGAAAUCGUAUGCCCGAGAGGGGAGGCUGCCCGUUCUGGGGUCGGAUCUCAAUAAUUUCGUGCUCUAUUGUCCUCUUGCCGGGAUUGACGGUCUUAGUCCCUGGGAGACAAUUGGAUCUCUUGGUGUUCGGAAUUUCAUGCUGUGCAAGAAACCGCAAACUGAGAAGGUUGUAGAUGAUGAGAAGUCGGUGACAAUGGCUCGGAAGGGAACAGGAAGUUGGAAGGCUUGGUUCCAUAAAUCUCGCAAUCUUAAGGUUUCUUCUCAUUGAGUUGAGAUCAGAAUCUUAUUGUUCUUGGUGUUUAGACUCGUGACCGUGGUUUUUGUUCUAAAUGAUGCUUUGCGUGUAUGAUUUGAGUCUACUCAUUGUAAUUUACGAUGAGAAAUAAAUGUAAUACCUUUUGAGGUUUUCUCUAGAAUAAAACAGAUUCUCUUUUGUUGUUUGGUUGUAUUCGCAUCUCUUUGUUGAAUUUAUCGUCUGCAAAAGCA